AUGCUGCUGGGGUGCUGUGCUGUUGAGUCCACUAGGAUCUUGCUGGAGUGGGGCGUUGAGUCCCCUGGGGGAGGAACCGCUGGAUGGGACUGUAGAAACGCCACGUGGCUCUCAUGCACAACGGAUGGCUUCGUUACAAGCAUCUGGUCUCUUCCAGACGCCUUCGGCGCCCUCUCUACCCUCUCCUCCUCACCCUCCUCUUCUAUCCACCCCAGGGCCAUCACUGACACGCCCAUCAGCAGGAGUAUCAUUGACACGCCCAUCACCGGGUCUCUUCCAGACGCCUUCAGUGCCCUCUCCUCCCUCACAGCACUCACUUACUUCCCCCCCCUUGCCCUGCUGCCCUCCUAUCCCUCCCUUCCAUCCCCCCUCUCAUCCCUCCCUCCCAUCCCUCCCUCCCGCCCCUCCCUUCCCUCCUGUCACCCCACUUUUUCGUACUCCCCCCUUGCCCUGCUGCCCUCCCAUCCCUCCCUCCCAUACCUCCCUCCCAUCCCUCCCUCCCACCCCUCCUUCCCCUCCCCAGCACCAUCCGCAACACCACCCUGGUGGGUCCUCUCCCUUGUGCACUGCAGUCUCUCUCACUUCCCUCUGUGGCCCGCUCCCCUCCUUUUUUCCCCUCGCCCUUCCCAUCUCUCUCUCCCCUCCUCUACCUCCCUUCCUCUUGCCCUACCCAUCUCUCCCUCCCCUCCUCUACCUCCCUUCCUCUUUCCCUUACCAUCUCUCCCUGCCCUCCCCAGCACCAUCCGCAACACCACCCUGGCGGGUCCUCUCCCUUCUGCACUGCAGUCUCUCUCAGCGCUGCAAUACCUGUCAGUCCACUUCUCCUCCUUAUCUUUGGCGCGACUCAAAAGUCGUUCCAUAUUUCCCCCCCUUGCAUUGUUCUCUCCUCUUUCUUCUGCACUCCACUAUCUCUCGGCGCUGCAAUACCUUCGCUCUCAGCACUGCAAUACCUGUCAGUCCACUUCUCCUUCUCAUCUUUGGCGCGAUGCAAAACAGUCAACCCCCCCCUCUUGCAUGUGCUCUGCUCCCUCUACCGCACUGCACUUUCUCUCAGCACUGCAAUAUCUCUCCAUACCCUAUAACAAGUUCUCCGGUACCAUUCCUGAGUACCUUGGCUCGCUAUCCGCCCUUUCUUUUCUGGACGUGUUUUCUAAUGCCUUUGAAGGUCCCAUCCCCGACACGCUCACUCUACUCACCAACCUCGUGCUGCUCAAGAUAGGCAACUGGCAUCUCAACGGGUCUAUUCCUGGUGAUAUAGGCAACCUGAAGGCGCUCACUUUCCUAAGCGGGGAGGGGUGGGGAGGGAUGAAGAGGGGUGGAGUGGGAUGGAUGGGCAAGAUAGGCAACUGGCACCUCAACGGGUCUAUUCCUGGUGAUAUAGGCAACCUGAAGGCGCUCACUUUCCUUGAGCUGCAAGGGGUGGACUUAUACGGACCCUUUCCAGAGUCCACUGCCCAUCACCCAACCACCCGCCCAGCCCUCUCUCCUUUUUCCCCCCAGAGUCUACUUUUUACCUACCUGCUCACCUCACCCCCCCGUUCCCACCCCUCUCUCCUUUUUCCCCCCAUUGAUCCCAGGGAGCUGGAAGGGGCGGAUAUGGAUGGGCCCUUCCCAGAGGAGCUGCAAGGGGCGGAUAUGGAUGGGCCCUUCCCAGAGUCCGUCACCCAACUCACCAACCUGGAACUCUUCCAUUUGGGUCUAACAGGCCUGCAUGGCUCGCUGCCGGAAGGAAUCGGCGACCUGACCAAGCUGAGCAACUUGAACCGUCUGUCAGGCCGCAUCCCAUCCACUCUCGGUCGAUUGACUGCCCUCGUACGACUUGAGCUUGAUGACAACAGCUUCAACAGCACCAUACCAGCAGCUCUUGGCAAUCUCGCCCUCGUCACCAAAUUGGACUUUUCAAAGAAUCCGCUCAACGGCUCCCUCCCUCCUGCCUUUGGCGCAUUGAGCAGCCUUGCAAACAUGUCUCUCUAUGGCACAUGGCUCGAGUGUCCCACCAACCAACCAUGCGGGGUGGAGCAGACACCCCACUCGGCCUUCUGUCAGCUCUGCUCGGGCUUCUGCAAAGAGUGCAGCUCCUAUGUGGGCACUCUCCCUGAUGGCAGUGCCACCUGUGUCCCCAAGACCAUCUCCCCUUCCCCACCCUCCUCCCCCUCCCCUCCUCCUACCUCUCCUUCCCCUCCCUCCUCUCCAUCCCCCUCCCCUCCAACCUCCCCCUCUCCUUCCCCACCCACGAAAGCCCCCCCUUCUGCCUCUCCACCCUCUCCUCCCUCCUCCUCCCCCUCCUCCUCCUCUGACUCCUCUUCUCUCUCGCUCGGAGUGAUUGUGGGUGUAGCGAUCGGAGCAGGGGCGCUUGUCAUUGCUUGUCUCGCCCUGAUUUGCAUCCUCGUCAAAGGCAGACCCACUACAGGGCCCAGCUCAGCCGUCCCAGGCCUUAUCCGGCGCUACAGCUUGAGUGAGGUGCUACAGGCGACAGACAGCUGGUCCCGAAACUAUUUCGGCGCUGCAGCCUGGCAGAGCCUGAGUGAGGUGCUACAGGCGACGGACAGCUGGGCGAGCUACAACCACCUCGUUCAAGUGAACCCAUCCCUUCACCUUCCCCUGUCACAUCCCUCUUUCUCAGUCCCAGGCCUGUUCCGGCGCUACAGCCUGCCAGAGGUGCUUCAGGCGACCAACAACUGGGCGAGCUACAACCACCUGGGCAGCGGAGGCUACGGGGACGUGUACAAGGGUGUGCCGCCCAGUGCGAGAGUGGGCGGCGGAGGGGGCGGAGUGGGCGGAAUGGGGGGAGUGGGGGGAGAUAGUGGUGAAGCAGGCAUGACAGGGGCGAGUGUGAACGUGAGAGGGAGUGGGAGGGGAAGUGGGAGGGGAAGUGUGUGGGGGAGUAAGAGAGGAGGGGGUGGAGAGGGGGAGGUGGGGAUUACAGUGGACGCGGGAGAGCCUCAGGUGUGGGCGGUGAAGCGAGCCAAGAUACGCACCAACGACUUUCACAAGGAGGUAGAGCUGAUGGCGAGCAAGCAUCACCCGCACCUGGUGUGGCUUCUAGGGUACUGCGUCACAACGGACGCCAAGACACACGAGCAGGAGCAGGCCACGUGUAGAGCUGAUGGCAAGCAAGCAUCACCCCCAUCUCGUCCGCUUGCUGGGGUAGAGCUGAUGGCGAGCAAGCAUCAUCCCCAUCUCGUCCGUCUGCUGGGGUACUGCGUAGAGCUGAUGGCGAGCAAGCAUCAUCCCCAUCUCGUCCGUCUGCUGGGGUACUGCGUUACAACGGACGCCAAGACGCACGAGCAGGAGCAGAUCAUCAUCUAUGAGUUCAUGGAGAAUGGCGAUUUGGAGCGUGUGUUGAAGAAAGUGGUCUGUGAGUACAUAGGAGCACACGAGCAGGAGGAGAUCAUCAACUACCUCGCCUCACGGCCUGUGAGCCUGCAGCAGAGGCUCGAGAUGAUGAUUGGAGCAGCAAGGGGCCUGGAGUACCUACACAGCUUCUCCAUGGUGCAUCGGGACGUGAAACCAGCCAACAUUCUGUUAGACGGCAACUGGCAGGUAUGUGCCAAGGUUGCUGACUUCGGGCUGACCAAGAUGGGAGAGGGCAACGCGUACAACCCUCAGGACUCCACUCGAGUGCUCGGCACGCCAGGCUAUGUUGACCCUGUGUAUGGCCGCACACGCAAGGCCACCCCUGCUAAUGACGUAUUCAGUUUCGGCAUCGUGAUGCUCGAGCUUCUGACGGGACGAAGGGCCAUUGUGUCAGUGUCUAAAGAUGACGACCCGAUCAACAUCAGCAAAUGGGCUGCCCCACUAGUGGAACGUGGCGAGGUAGCUGCAUUCAAGGACCCUCAUCUAGAUGCUCCCGAUGACGUCAUUCUUCGACUCGCACGGCUCGCCAUGACAUGCACGGCCACUCCGGCCAUGUCCCGGCCCCGGAUGGUCAAGAUAGUGGCGGAUCUUGAAGGGAUUAAGGAGGAGCUGUUCAAGUAUGGCACGAUGAUGUUCGAAGAGGAGCCUGCAGUGCCGAAUCAGUCGUUGACUCAAGCCAUUUCGCAAGUUGAGUGUACGGAAGUUCCUACUCGCUCUCUCUCCCCGUUUUCUCUCGCCUCCUGCGACAGCAACGCUCGAGCUUCGCUCCGUCGGGAGCCUGCCGCGAACUUGACGAUAACCGUCAAUCCGGUCCAGACAACCGUCAAGAUGUGCGGAAUUCUCGCGGUUCUUGGAGCUGCUGAUGCUUCGGCUCGCACCCGAGCAAAGGUCCUCGAGUGCACCGCUAGGCUGCGCCACCGUGGACCCGAUUGGAGCGGCGUGCACACGUUUGGCAAUAACUUCCUCGCGCACGAACGGCUAGCCGUCAUCGACCCGGCGUCCGGGCACCAGCCGUUACGCAACGAGGACGGCAGCAUCGUGGUGGCCGUCAACGGCGAGAUCUACAACUACCAGCAGCUGCGGGAUGAGCUAAAGGACCGCCACACGUUCAACACCGGCAGCGACUGCGAAGUCAUCGCGCAUCUCUAUGAAGACGCGGGAGAGCAAGCCGUGCAGAAGCUGGACGGAAUCUUCGCGUUCGUGCUGCUCAACACAAAGGACGGCUCGUACAUCGCGGCGCGCGACCCCAUCGGCGUGUGUCCACUCUACAUCGGCUGGGGUCGCGACGGCUCUAUGUGGUUCGCGUCAGAAAUGAAGGCUCUUAAAGACGACUGCGAGCGCUUCGAGACGUUCCCGCCCGGCCAUAUUUACUCCAGCAACGACCACACCCUCCGUCGCUGGUACAAUCCCGCGUGGUACGACGAGCACAUCCCCUCCGCGCCGUACGACCCGCUCGCGCUGCGCGCCGCGUUCGAGAAGGCCGUCGUGAAGCGGCUGAUGACGGACGUGCCGUUCGGCGUGCUUCUAUCGGGGGGCCUCGACUCCUCGCUCGUCGCCGCCGUCGCGCAACGCCAUUUGGCGUCUACGGAAGCAGGGAAGCAGUGGGGCCCUCAGCUUCACUCCUACUGCAUCGGUCUAGAGAAUGCCCCUGACCUGCGGGCAGCGAAAGAAGUCGCGGAUUACAUCGGAACAAACCAUCACGAACUACACUUCACUGUACAAGAGGGCAUAGACGCGAUUUCCGAAGUGAUUUACCACACGGAAACCUACGACGUCACAACAAUCCGCGCCAGCACGCCCAUGUUUCUGCUGAGCCGCAAGAUCAAGGCGCUGGGGGUGAAGAUGGUGCUAUCUGGGGAAGGUAGCGACGAGGUGUUUGGGGGUUACCUGUACUUUCACAAGGCGCCCAGCAAGGAGGAAUUUCACGUGGAGACGUGUCAUAAGCUCAAGGCACUUCACAUGUACGAUUGCCUGAGGGCCAACAAGGCCACGUCAGCAUGGGGGCUGGAGGCGCGCGUUCCCUUCCUGGAUAAGGAGUUCCUUGACGUGGCAAUGAGCAUUGAUCCUCAGUAUAAGAUGAUUCGCAAAGAGGACGGCCGCAUUGAGAAGUGGGUCAUCCGACGAGCCUUCGACGACGAGGAGAAGCCGUACCUUCCCAAGCAUAUCCUGUACCGCCAGAAGGAGCAGUUCAGCGAUGGCGUGGGGUACAGCUGGAUCGAUGGUCUCAAGGCGCAUGCAGAGAGGAUGGUAUCGGAUCAAAUGAUGGCCAACGCUCCCAACCUAUUCACUCACAACACGCCCAAGACGAAAGAAGCGCUGUUCUACCGCCUCAUCUUUGAGAAGCACUUCCCCCAGCUGUCUGCUCGUCUCACUGUGCCUGGGGGCCCCAGUGUUGCCUGUAGCACAGCGGCGGCUGUAGCAUGGGAUGCUGCCUGGCUGGGAAACCUGGACCCCUCUGGCCGUGCUGCUCUGGGCGUGCAUGCUGCUGCUUAUAACGAGGAUGCAGGUGGUAACCAGAAGGCUGGUAACCGUGUGACAACGUGUGUGGAGCAGGCUGGAGUGGUGGUGGGGGGUGGGAGCGGUGGGAAGAGGAGUCAGGGGGAGGAGGGGGGGCAACCAGAGUCGCCUCCUAAGAAGAAAAAGACGGACCUUGUGAUGCCGUAUCUGGCUGUAGCAUAA